AUGGAUUCUCAGUCCGCGUUCUACGCCAAUCAUCUCUCCCCAUCGCAUGGUUACGCCGUCCUCAAUCCUCGCCGCCGCGUGUCUUGCAACGGCACUGGGCUUCGUCCCGAGAUCGACGUUGGAGACGUCGUUUAUAGCUGGGAUGGCCAGCUCAUCCGUUUAUUCAACUGUCUGAAGACAGAGAGCGAACAGCAAGAAGCCGACGAAGACUGCGUCUUUCCUGUUUCGUUUGAGCCUUUGCAGUUCACCGAAUCACGCGAUGGAUCACAAUCCACCUCACCGAUCACCGUGCAACCCGCUAAGUUCACGCGACCUUCUGGUCCUUUCACCUCGGAGGGCAUUACCGCGGUGACUGUGGAAGUGAAGGCCGAUGUAGCCUCGAACGCCGAUCUUGGUUUCGCAAUUACGGCUCGUCGAGAAAAGGGCGCUAUUCUCGCGACGUCUGGCAUCGUCAAGAUAGAGGAGACACAUAACCUUCCGUCGUUCCAGCGCUACUUGGUCAAAAACUUCGGCCGCUGGAGUGAGCUUGUGGAAAGUCAAGGACUGGGUAUCGAUGCUCAAGAUCUUAUGCUGGUCACUAGAGUUGACACGACUGAGGCUUGGUCUAACAUCUCCUAUAGCGACGGUUCACUACAGGCCGAUUUCACCUUCAGUCUGCUUUCAGCCACCCCUGCGAAUGUCAAGUUCGGAGCCAAACUCGAACGUCGUCGCGCACGUGCGCCCCACACGGACUCGGGCCCUAAUCCUGAAGACGGAGAAGACGGAGGAGAUAUGCACUCCCCAGGCAAAUGGCAACGCGCGAGCAGGAAGGUUCGCAGAACUUCUCCGCACAGUACAGUUGAGCCGAAGGUUGCGGGUCGUCACGACACAAGUCGCAUGAAUCAAGUUAUAUUUGUGCGUGGUUUCCGAGGGAAGAGGCGGCUGCUCUUGAAGGACGUGGUACCGAAAAAGAUUGCGGGUGGCGCCGAUCCCAGAGAACUCCGAAGCGAAAGGCGCGAUGGCCCGAGUGACGAUGAUCAAUCGGGACCCGAGAUUGAAAGUAUCGGUCAAACGCAACCGACGCAUGACGAUCUUCUCAUAUCAAUUCUUGACUUUGUUCUCGAGAGCAAUACGAAUGUUGAUCUUGCUGUCGCCCAUAGCGAUGACUGGACUGCAUAUAGUCAGUGUAUGCAUGGACAACCAAAGGCGCGCGAUCUCCAAGCCGGGAAAUACAUUCAAUGCUUUAUUGAGAAUGGCAUGAUGGUCGGUACUUUUGAUGGAACAGGAAAUCUCGAUGCCAAGGGAACUUUCGACACAAAAGGGAUUUCUAACGCACUGUCUCCUGGACUUCAUCACUCUCAUAGCAGUUCCUCGCGUUAUUCUCGUUCUACGCCUGCUCCGGGUGGCUACGGCCAGCAGGCGCCAGGGUAUGGCGCGCCAUACCAGCAACAACAAUAUCAUGGCCCUCCUCCUGGGGCCGAUCCUCAGCUCUGGCAGUGGUUCAACGACGUAAAUGCCGAUCGCUCCGGUGCCAUAUCAGUAAACGAACUGCAGAGCGCUCUGAUCUUUGACACUGACAGGAGUGGGAGCAUCGGAUUCAACGAGUUCUCUGGCGUGUGGAAGUACAUUACCGACUGGCAAAAUGUCUUCCGACACUUCGACAGGGAUCGCUCUGGUUCCAUUGACGGGGUGGAGUUGGCGGAGGCCCUGCGUAGCUUUGGGUACAACCUUCCGCCCAGUAUAUUGACGCUGAUUGAGCAAAAAUUCACCGCUGGCCCCUCCUCGGGGUACGGACCGCCGCCCGGUAUCACCUUUGACCACUUCGUCCGCGCUUGCGUUGCUGUGAAGACACUCACAGAGGCCUUCCAACGCCAAGAUACGGACCGGGACGGAUGGGUAACGGUGAACUACGAAGACUUCAUGAAGCUCGUCUUAAAGUUACACGUUUCCUAUGGGGACUUUUCCUAUGGGGACUCGACAAGUCCGCGUCCCGCGGUGCAUACCGGGCUCGAGCCUCGAUUGGCGUCACCAGCGCGUAGCACUCGGCCGCCAACGUUUCCGCCUGUAAGCUUAUCAUCAUUCGGUGUCGAGUCCCAUGCGUAA